AUGAUUAAACUAGAUGCGGAAGCUGAGGUGAAAUUGCGCAAGAAAACACUCGCGAAGCUUGCCUGCCAGCAGGUGGAGUCUAUACAUUUAAUAACUUUGCUGAAGGACAGAACCGAGGAGCUGAAGCGUGCGAAAAUUGGCUAUCAUUCCUGCUUCCAAAUGAAUAAACUAGAUGCGGAAGCCGCGGCGAAAAGUCACAAGAAUACACUCGCGCAGCUUACGUACCUGCAGGCGGAGUGUGACAAGCUAGCAACUUUGCUGAAGGCCAAAACCGAGGAGUCGAAUGAGUUUGACGCACGGUGCUCAGAACUAAAGAGAACUGUCGCGAAUCUAAACAACGACAAAAUCACAUUGAGUCAUCGACUGCAACAGUACGUACGUCCGGACAAGUGUGGCGACAUAGUGAGUAGCUUCCCCACAGACGAAGCUUUCAUACAGGAAUGGAAGACUCUGUACGAGACCACAGCUAUCAAAUGUAUCUUUGACCUGCUCGAACUCGGUGUCCCUCUGGAAUACAUUAGUCAAUAUACUCACAGUAUAACUCAGGCAACCUACGAUCAAGCCAACCCUUAUUUCCAUAUGUUGCACAGCAUCAAUGCACUUUUCCCCACCACUCAGAAUGCUACAGAAAAAGUCAUCUCUUUGGUGUGUAGCGAAAUUCGCGACAAUUGGGAUGUAGUGUGUGGAAAUAUACAAAGUACUAAUGCGAUAGGCCACACCCAGCCCCCAGAGUAUGCAACUCUGUACACCCACUGCCAGAUCUUUAAUUUGUGGUCCAGGGUGCGAGGCUCUUCGGUGCUAUUAGGGAUGGACAUAACCUCGAUUGGACAGGUACAAGUAUACAAUCCUAGUACGAUGACCAUUCUGGAUCAGGUGCAUCAGAACGCAGGGGCUUUCAUACAGUGUAUGGUACUAUUCCCAGCGAUCUAUGACGGUACUCGCGUGGUUGUGAAAGCCCUGGCGUAUCCUUUGGUUAGUACAGGACCAAAUGUCCAUCCUUUGGAUAAUACAGGGCUAAAUGAUCAUCCUUCGGAGAAUCCAGGGCCAGAUGACGACGAACACUACGAUAUGUGUUAUGACAUUACGGCAACUGACCAGGGUUCAACUUCAAGCGACGACAUGCUGUGUGAGAAUGGGGAGAGUACCACGGCUCUACCAGGAACCACAAGCAGUAGAACUGAGGAAUUGGUUGAGAUUACGGUUGGCGAUGGAAUGAAUGUAAAUGCACACAAUAGCAGAGAUUCGAUCAUCUCUGCAGGCAAUGCGGUUGCUUUGGAGACGGACCACUGCCUAGAACAGACACGUGUAAGUGAGGAAUAUAGUCACGGACUGUCUGAUGAAGGAAAAGAAUCAGCACCAAUACAGCCUCGAAACUUCGAAUCUGCAUCUCUGAUGAAGCCAAAAGGGCCACCCGUUGGAUGCUACGAGCGUGUUGAAGUGCAGCAUAAUGUACAGCGCUAA